AUGAAGCCUCAUAAAUUCAAAACCAAGGUCAGCUCGUUACUGAAGAUGGCUAACAAGAAAAAGUUAGGAUCUGAAUUCUGGAAUCUUCCAAAUUGUUGGAAUAUUUAGGAAAGAAAUGCGAUCGAAAGUUAAAAAGAAGCGAUCGAAGAAAGGGGGAGAAACAGUGGUUGGUUUUGCAAUCAGAACAAAUAGUUUGGAAUCAUGUUUUUGAGGUCAGAGUAGGUAGCAUGAUAGGCGCGGAUCAGGACGCCGUUCUUCUGGAAGCGGACAAACUGGCUGAGGUUCGAAAAUUUGAAAUGAUUGACAUUUUAAACUCAGGCUUGGGAAGGUGUUCGGAAUAUCUGCUUUCGGUUCUUUGGAAGGAGUUUGAAAGGGCAAGUGGUCAAACGCCUUCUACGUACCUUCCGGAAGCCUGCCAGUAACCUGCUGGAAGGCUUCCGGCAAGUUGCCAAAAAUUUUCAAUUUUUUACCUUACAAGGACCUUCUAACUACCUUCCGAAGACUUUUUCAAGACCUUCCAACCUCCUUCCCAUCAUAGCCGAUUCACGGCUAACAUGGGACGCGAAGGGGGCGUGGCCUGUCUGCGCUCUCCACGUGCCAGGCACUAUCUCUUGCUUUAUCGUGCCAGGACCCUUUUUUCAAUGCCUCAAGCCAACCGUGAUUCUGCCAUACCUCCCCAUUAUCUUCCCAGAGUUUGCCUGGGAACAUUUUUCAAGAAAAACAUUUCAAACUCGUUUUUUUGUUUGAAAAAAGCAUUUUUUUAAUUCAGAAAACUGAAGCUGACGAAAAUUUUUCUCGAGGAGCGCAAACCUCACGGAUGGCGCGACCGCAGCUGCCGAUCGACCUCGUCGAGUACCAGUUGAUGGCGAGCAUAGCCUCCAACGACACGAUCAUCGUGAUCGGCGAGACUGGCUCCGGGAAAAGCACGCAGUUGCCACAGGUCGCCGCUCGCUGCCUACGAGUCGCAGCCAUCAAUCGCUUCAGAUCUGCUAUCGGCUUCUCAACCAGCAGAAGACAAUCGCGGUGACGCAGCCGCGACGCGUCGCCGCCAUCGCCCUGGCCACUCGCGUCGCCAAGGAAAUGGGCACCGAACUUGGGGACGAGGUCACUUUUUUGAAAGAGAACUUGAGAAUCGAACUGAUUCCGAGAAACAGAAUUCCAUGAGAAAAAGAGAAACUUGCUUUUUUGAGUGUCUUUUCUUUUUCAAUUCUAAACUUUUGUAUAGGGCAUUCCGGCACAGCUCGUCACGAUUUUCGUUUCCCUCUAAGCUUGAAAAUCUUUCCGUUCGAAGCUCGCGAGAUGUUUCUCUGUCUGCGUCUUUCAUUUGGCCAAAAAGUUCCGUUAUAUUAAAGACGCAUGUAGAUAUAAUAUCACGCGCAUCGAAGGGAAGGGUUCUGUAGUUCAAAGGAAGACGAAAACCGUAACAAGCUAGCGCGGUUUGGGCUAUAUACCUACUCUAACAGAAGUUGCGGUGCACCCCGCGUCGAACUAUCGGUGAACCCCGAAGUUUAACCAGCGGUGUACCUCGUUUAGCUUUAAAUACCUAUUAAGGUACUUAUUCCGUACACGAUUCAGAAGUGGUUUUUUCCCCAAUAUCACCAUUUUCUACAGUCUCCUCUUAGGCGGUUACUGUACCUCAAAAUAAACUUUUUUUUUUGUCCGGUUGCGCCAGGGGUGCGCGUCAUCCAGCUCCAACCCGGGGUGCACCAAAAAAAUAAUCGAAAAGUUCACCUUUUUUUGGUUCCCUGCGGGGUACACCCUCAUUUUUGUUAGAGUACUGAAACACGGAAUGCCAAAAUACUCGAAAAAAAGUCUAUUUCGACACCAUUUUUUUGUCAUUUCAAAUGUUUAUUCGUCAUUCCGCAAUCUGCACGAUAAAUACAAAAAAUAAAACAUCAAAAAAAUCAAAUGAAUCUAACAGCUGAUCUGUGGAAAUCAAUCAUACUCUAUCUUACAGGCCGGCUAUCAUAUCCGAUUCGAAAAAAUGACCUCGUCAAAAACUAAGAUUGAGUACAUGACGGAUGGAAUACUGCUUAGGUUACAUUUCGCCCGGACUUUCAUCCGGAACAACUGGAAUUUACAGAAAAGCGUUGACGAGCCCUCUUCUCAACCAAUAUUCUGUGAUUAUUGUGGACGAAGCUCACGAGCGGAGCAUGCACACUGACGUUUUGAUGUGUUAGUUGCCUUAAUCAUUGACAGCGUUCAUUUAACGACAUCAGGUAUGCUGAAGACGUGCCAGCGCCAGAGAGACUCCUCCAAGAACCCGCUGAAGCUCAUUAUCAUGUCUGCAACGCUAAAAGUCAUUCCAUACCCAACUCUUGCUACAAAUCCAACUUUUCUUCUAGGCCAAAAAGUUCAAAGACUACUUCGACGGCGCUCCUGUGAUGGUUAUACCAGGAAGGCCCCACCCAAUCGACGUGAGUCAUGUCAAGUUUCUUGGGAUUUCAUUGAACAUAUAGAUCCUCUAUCUGAUGGAAAACGAAAAGGAUACGAGUUAUUUGAGAAACUCCCUCGUAACGGUGAAGCAAGUGCAUCUGAAAGCUGAAAAAGGGUAACAAAUAACCUUCCAAAGUGGUUUCUUAUCAAUUUUUCCUCAGCCAGGGCAUUCUUCUUUUCCUAACCGGUGCAGAAGAAAUCGAGGUCUGUUCUGAAACAACCAAAACAUAACUGAGAUCAUUCUAGGAGUCUGUGAAACAACUGGAGAAGUUGAACAAGUCGUUGCCACCUUCGGCCGAUCGUAUAUUCCCGAUCCCGCUCUACUCGGCACAGAGGCCUGAGCAGCAACGAGAAGCGUUCCUUCCCGCCCCUCCGGUUACCAAAAUACUCGAAAUGAAAACCUUCUUUCUGUUCAGGGUACACGAAAAGUGAUACUGUCAACAAACAUCGCGGAGACUUCACUGACUAUCCCCGGAAUCCGCAUUGUCAUCGACUGUCUCCAUGCGAAGAUCAAGUAGACUUCAAGAGCUACAAACUCAAAAUUAUUGAAAUUAAUCAGAAACUAUAAUUCCGUGGAGAGAUACGAAGAGCUGAACGUUCAGCUAAUCAGCAAAGCUCAAGCUACUCAAAGAGCAGGCAGAGCGGGUCGAGAAGCUCAUGGAACAUGCUACAGGUUCGAAUCCCGGAAUUUUCCAUAAUCUCUUUCAAAGUGAAGAAUCACAGGCUGAUACAGCACAGCAAGUACGAGAAACUGCAAGAGGAUUCCGUGCCGGAAAUUUUGAGAAGCAACCUGGCCGCAACCUUUUUGGAACUGCUCAAGGUCGGCAUGCAGAACCCGCACAAGCUGAAGUUGAUCGACAUGCCGUCUGCCGACAGCAUCAGCGCCUCUAUGCGAGAACUCAAGGUGCCUAAUCACUACUGGAAUAAAGUGUGAUGAUCUUUUAGGCUAUGGGUGCCAUAGCUCCAAUACGUGAAGGAUCGAGUCGCUUCCAGUUGACGGAACACGGCGAAACUCUGUGCGCCUUCCCUUUGCCUCCUGACCAUGCCCGGUUUGCAGAAACGCUGGCCUCCGCUUCACCGUCGUUUUUAGAAUCGUGACGAUGGCAGAAAAGGAGGGAUGUGUGUCCGAAGUGUUGAAGAUCGUCGCGGCGAUGCAGGCCGAAUGGAUCAUGUACCCGUACGCCCCGUAUGGAACUUCUGAUGAGGAGUUCGCGAGGGCUCGAGCACGGUUUCAGUAGCCCUUUUACCUAAAUUCAUGAACUGGUCUUCAGGUUUGAAACCAGAGAAGGUGACCAUCUCACAAUUUUGAAAGUGAUGCUGGCUACCCAUCACUUCAUGAAGCAGGUUUUGAAAACGUUUUUUUUGAAAGCCUAUUUUCACUUGGUAGCGGCCAAACGGUGAGAAGGUUCUGAAUGGCGGCAUGAACGAUCCCAGGAAGAUCCCGAUGGCUAAUUUGAAGGUUUGUAUGUGAGAAAACUUUCGCAGAGAGUUUUUUAGAACUAUUGUGACGAGAAUAUCAUAAAUAUGCGCAAUCUCAAAACGGCGACGCUAAUCGAAAAGCAACUCAGAGAUAUUGUCGUCGAGCGCGGCGGCAAAGUAACUUCUUGUGGGGUCGACUUUACUAGCAUACGGUAAUUCGAUAGUGUAAAAGCCAAACAAAUUAUAUAUUUAUUUCAGAAAAUGCUUGGCACACGGUUUGUUCCUCAACAGUUGUGAGUACGACCGACAAGAGGAUCGUUAUAGACUGAUGGUUAAUCCUUCAGUCACUUUACGGAUACAUCCUUCCUCAGUUCUUUCAAGGGUACUCGUUCGAACAUUUAUUCGCCAAAUUAUUCAAUUUCAGUCCAAACCGAAUUGUAUCGUUUUCACAGAACUGCUACGAAACGAAGAUCUCUAUGCCUUGUAUGGAAUUAUAUUAUUUUUCUUUUAUAACUUCGAGAGCUUUAGACAUGCCACGUUAAUCGAUUCCGACUGGGUACGUCCGCUGAUUACAGCAUACCGUAAAACUACGUUGAAAUAA